AUGGUUUCCAAAUUCGAUUCCCUAGCUGCUCGCCCGCCAACUCCACCAAAAGACCUCCACGAUACAGGCCCCGACGAGACGCUGCAAUUUCUCGAAGACCCUUUUGGCGAGAAGCCAAUCCCUCCACGGUUGGUAGAGGCGAAGAAAGUGCCCAACACGCCUGAACAAUCCCCCUCGUCCGACAUCAGCAUACCCUCCAGCUCGGCCAGCGCGAGAAAAAGAGUCAACUUCGAACUAUGCGAUAUACCGAAUAGAACGGCCAUAGCACAUUCCUGGACACCCACGCGUAGCUCGCCGCUCCGACCUCUCCCCCAGACCCGACUUAUCCAGCCGCUCAAGUCCAUCUUGAAGCCUUCGGACAGUACGCCAACGCCUCCCCCUACCGACGACGCUGCCACAGCGCACAAGUUCAAAAGCUUUGCCGAAAUGCUCGAAUCGAUAGUCAAGCAGCUCGCUUCUUCGGAGCGGUCAUCGCGGCUGGAUGCAUAUCACUCGCUAUAUAGGACUAUGCAAGCCUAUGACAACAUCCCUGAUGAACACGCUCUCAAGCAAAAGAUGUCUCUAUUGACACAGUUCAUACAGCGGGAUAUUUUGGCUACAAGCCCUACUGGAACUGGACUGGACUCACAAAUGAUUGGACAAGCAACGAAGCUAUUACUGGCACUGUUUCGCGUCUCUGACAUAACAUCCGCCAUGGGCGAUGACUUCUGUAUCUUCAUUGUCGACCGUUCUACUCACGUGGCGAACAAUGGUUCGAUACCGAAGACCGUUGUCAACGCCCAUCUUUCAGUGCUUAUGCAGCAGAACUUUCGCCCCAAGAUCUGGACGGUAAUUCGCGUCGAAAAACUGCUAGAUGUGCUAGAAACCAUUCACGAACGCAUAUCCGGAAAUGCGGUACAGGCCUAUCGGAUACGCAUCUACCGGAGCCUUAUCCGGCAACGACCAGACGUCAUGAUCAAGCACAGCGAAUCCUGGUUUACACACACCCUCAAAGCGUUGAUGUCGGUCCAGAAAGACAUCAAUUCAAGCGCGUUGGACAUAUGCUCAACCGCUGCAACGACAAUCGCGCACGACCGCCAGGUUUGCAAAUCAGUUUUGUCCGUACUAAAUCGUGUUAAGAGUGACGGCACAACCAUCGGAAGUAUUUUUGCCAAGGAGCUGGUACGAAUGCUGGGCGGCGAUCAUGCUCCGUUGGUGCCACAGAUUUGGGCUGUGGUGACAGCGUUGUUGAAGGAUUCAAUGAACAGCGACAAUUUCAGUUCCUUGGCGGAGUGGCUCCGUGUUUACGAAUCUUUCCAUGUCUCCGACAAGGACACGGUCAGGAUUCAUUCCAACGUUGCGUCCGGCUUCUUCAUUUAUGCCAUUAAUCUGGGCCCAAAUACGAACGAAAGCUGGUCCAAAAUGCUUGGGCACACCUCGCUUCAUGUACUCAAUCGUCGUGUACCCGUGAAGAAAGGCGAGCGAGACGCUGUAUCAUCUGCAUACUUCACGUUGCUGUAUUACGCUCUUCGACCAACUGCUUCCUUUGAACAAUUGGACCGAUACUGGGGUGAAUAUGUAGCAGAUCUUUGGAAGCCUCUGGUCCGGUUGGCUCCUCAUCAACACGCCAUUCCUGCAUGUCGAAUUGUGUCUGCUCUGUUAAACGGGUCUCGAAAACCAUGGAACGAAUACCGGGCUUUGGAUCUUCGCGCACAGAAUAUGAUCCAACGCACAGAGCUACCUCUUGUAGAUCCUAAGUGGGUCCGGAAGUCAAUGGCGCAGGUUCUGCUAUUUGUAGAGAACCUCUUGGAUGCCACGCUUUGGACCGAAAGCAAAGAGCCUGAGGAUCAGCCAGUAAAGAUGAUGUGGUUGGCCGUAUUGGACUCUGUGGUUGAAGCAAGCAGCAAGGAGAUCGUGGCGUCUACCGAAACUAAAGACGCAAUGGCACAUAUCAUCAACUUGCUGCGUAGAAUCUGGGAUAGGUAUACGGCCAAGUUGGCGGUCCCACAGAAAAAGGAGGACAUUUGGGCAGACAAGUUUUGCUUCCUGAUAGAGAGUGUUGUGCAGAAACUUGGCGCCUUCCAAUUCGCGGAGAAGAGUCUCACACGCAACGGCAGCAACGAGUUCGAAGUAGCAUCGACACCAUCGCAUCGUGCACGGAACCAGGCCACACGUGUAUCUCCGCUUCUCUAUCUGGUCGAUCUCUUGGUGACGCAAUCAGAAGGUAAACUGGCCGAUCCUGUCCGCCUUCGUGCGAUAAAACUCAUCGUUGAGCCUUGCUUUGCUGCACAGAAUAGCCGCCUGAGCAAGCUGGAGCUCCUUCGGGACUGUGCUACGACCGUUGACGGUUCACUGAAGGGGGUGGUAGCUGCGAAGUUUUGGGCACAAAUCGUCACAUUGCUUAACGCGACGAUGCAGGAGCAGACGUCAGCAUCAGAUGAGCGUGUGGCUCGUCCACUUGGGAAAGAAUACGAACUUGUUGUGGAUAUUCUGCGUCUAGGAUCUGCUUCAUUAUUGGAUCGACCUCAUGGUCAGCAAGUCUUGUUGACCUUCAUCGAGACGGUCCGACGAGAAGUAGGAGAGGGUGCGCUCGUUAUCGCAGUCAUUGAAAAGGUCUCUGAGUCUGUCUUGAAGCGUAUAUCGGAUGAUGAAACAGUCUCUGGUUUGUCGUACGCGAGCAUUCUACUCCGUAACCUGCCGAAACAAAUGAACCGUAAAGUAUUGGACCAAGCCCGGCAAAUCCUCUGGCCUUCAAACUCAACGACAGCACGCAACCCCGACUCUGAUCCCUAUGUUCAUCUGUAUGGUGCCAUAGCCGCCAUUGGAUCAGCUGCAUAUCAGGAUCUUGACAGGAAAGACGUUGAGCCUACCAAAGGCUUUCUUGCUGCGCUCAGCGCUUCCAUUCAACACUGUUCAACAUCUCAUCUCGCUGUCUACUUGCGCAAGAUACAGGAGUUAGUUGGGAUCUGGAUCGAAGACCCUGAGAGGAAGUUGCAUAGCAAAGACGAGCCAUUGAAGAGCGUACAUCGUGAGGUUGUUAGCAUGUGGCAAGAGGUCAGCAAAGCCGUGGAACGACUGCCUCGAAAGGAUAGCCAGAUCCUACUCCAGUUGGAGAGUUUGAUGACUACAGGUUUCUUGAGCAGGCGCCGAAGUAUCGUGAAUGUCUCCAUUGCGACUUGGAAUAGGACUUUUGGGAAAGAAGACACCUUGAAGUAUCCUCUUCGCCUUGAGACCGCCUUGCGUCUGUUGCGAAACAACGUCGAGCUUUGCUUGCCGUCCCUAGAAGCCCGAGAAGAGGACGCCGACACCAUGGUCUCAUUCUACGAUUCGGACACUACAACUGAGGAACCCAAACGCGCUUUCAAGAGUCCCCGUGUCAAGGAAUCACCCUUUAGGAUCUCCAAAUCUCUACGAUCCAAGUCACGAUCCCCAGCAGUGCCGACUUCAGCCCGAAGGACAUCUUCGCGACAGACACCAAAGAUUCGUUUGCGACACGAUGACUCACAGAUUGCCUUUGAGCCUAUUCCCUCUUCACCAUCGAAUCCGUUCAACCAAGACUCGCAGGUGUUGACUGAGCGCCAGAAGGAGAUGCUUGAUCGCCAGAGGCUCAGCACUGGUCUCUUUUCCAAGAUGGGUGCUCUCUCACCUCAACCAGAAGAGGCGCCAUCGCCCAUGGAAAUUGACUCAGAUGCCUUUACCACGGAUGAUUUGCCGCAAUCUGCUCGAGCUACACCGCUCAAAGCUCUCGCAGCAAUGGACCCUAUGGAUGGCUUCCUCGGGUCCUCGCCCACACCACAUGCUCGUAGGAGCACUCGUCACAUCGUCAGCGACGAUACCAAUAUUGCCACUCCAACUGCUGUACGUAGCAUUCAGUUUGCCAACGACGACCUUGGCUCUUCUCCGCCCCGCUUUGAGAAAGAGAGUGGGUUGAAUGGCGAUAUUCUGGUAAGGUCCAGCUUCGAUUUUCGUCAACCAGAAACCUCGUGUUCUGUGUCCUUCGAUGAAGGUACGACGAUAGAUGAGGCGCUUCUAGACGCUGUUGCACGUCACGAGGAUCAAGACAUAAGCUCCAAUUUUCCUUCGGACGCAAUCAUGUCGGAACUUCCCAGCUCCACCAUAGAUCUCCAGCUCACAGCGCAAAUCGACGCGGACAUGCAAACACACGAAGAAGUCGCGGAUACAGCACAGGAGUCAAAGCAACAGUUUGUGGAUGCAGCGUCCCACCCACAGUCUUCUGUUGUAGACGACCAGGGUGGCAGCGACACCGAAGUUGACGACUCACAAACACCAACUCGCGCUAUCCGUGCAACGCGUAGCUCCCAGGUCACGGGGAGCAGCACAAGUCGAGUAAACGAUUCCUUCAAGAGUCCUACAAAGACAACGCCAUCCUCCCUCCGCCGCUCAACCCGGCAAUCCACAGGAGGCAGCCCAGCCCAACCCGCCAGCAGCAAAAAGCGCAAGCAAACACCCAGCAAGAAGAAGACACCAAAAGACACAGAAAAAGAAGAAAAAGAAGAAGAAGAACCUACUGUCGGUGACGACGACGACGGACUCAUCGACAACAUCACCGUCCUCCCCUUCCCCGAAAAGCCCACCCGCUCCAACAAGCGCAAAUCCACACACCCCUCCCCCAGCGCCGUGUCCUCGCCUGCCACUCGCAAAAAGGCAUCCCUCCGCCGCUCGCGCUCGCAACUAAGCCAAGUUGAAAACCAAACCCCCCACGCGCACGACAUCUCCCGCAUAGAAGACACACCGCUCCCCAAACGCGCCCGCCAAACCACCGACCAAGACGUCAGCGACGCACGCAGAACCUCCGGUGGCGGUAGCGCCAUUCCCGAGAGCCAAUCCACGACUCCAGGUAGUGGCACUAAGCGGUUAAGUCACGUCCAAGUGUCGCCUCGACCGCAGAGUUCUUCUAGUAUCAAAGUCGAUGUUGAUACGCCUUCUCAACCUCAGCAGGCACUCCAGCGCCGACCCAGUCAAAUAGAAGAAACCCACGAUAUCAAACCUUCCCUCGACCAACAACAAAGGCAGUCGUCCACGCCCUCUCGCUCCUUCGCCGAACGCGUUAUCCUCACGCCGCGGAGUAUAAUUCAACAGCUCAAGAGUCUGAAGGAUUAUCUGUUUAGUGCGCCGGUGGCUGUGAUGGGGAGGGAGGAGCGCAUGGUUAUUGAUCAUGCGUUGUUUGAUAUUCGGGAGAGGGUGUUGCAUCGGGGUGGGGAUGGGGGUGGUGAGGAACAGGGGUAG